AUGUCUUCGCAUUCGAGUUCUCCAUUGCCCGCUCCUGAACUUCCGGCUUCGCCGUCAGAACCGUUUCCUCUUCUCACGCCUGAACCCGCGCAUAGAGUCUGGGAUCCGACUCCAAACUCCAAACAAAAUGGCAAAUUCGUUACCGCAAAAACUUCGAGUCUUACCCCCGCAUCAAACACUACAUCAAUUAACUGCCAUCUUCCUAUGAAUCCUACCAUACCGGCUCCACAGAGCAUCCUUCAAACUCCAUUUGGAUCUGAGGUUCCACCCAGUCAAGAUCCGUGUUACGUUUCUCUACCAACAGGCGAACCUCCAUCCACGCCGGGUCGACAAACACAAUCAGAUAAAUUAUCGUCCCCUGGUCACCUCAGCCCAGAGCCAGCAUCUGCUGGAUCAUGCCAAUCAUGUCCCACUCCAUGUAGUCGGAGCAGCAACAGCAGUGGCGGGUACCUCUCACCACCGCUUCCACAAGCUGAUUGUGAACAACCUCCUCACAAGCCACGAAGCGGUUCAGAUGGGCUGAAGAUGAUGCCAAAGCCCAAGAGAGCAAGGACUAUGCCGUUAGGUGGACUGUUUGCAAGAAGGCAUGAAGGAACGAAAAAGCGUCGCCAUCAUCAUAGGCGACUUCACAACUCUGACAAGUCUUAUAAUCGCUUGAGGGCAUACUCUCAAGAACGGCAAACUAUCCGAGACGGAUACGAUGACCGGAUGAGAAUCAUACAAAGUCGAGAUAUGGAGUUCAGAUUACAGAACACGCCAAAUAGCGCGGUAUCCUCCGAACACGAAUGGCCGAAUUACAUUGUCACUCCGCCAGCAGAUCAUUCAAGUAGAAGAUGGAGUUCAGCCUACACCAGAAUCGUAGGUUCAAAGGCGCCACAAUCAUCGUAUCUUCCACUGCCGGGUAUCUUCACAGACGCUUUAAUAAGCACGCCUGGUAGGUAUGCCGAAGCAGGUAAUAAAGCUUCUCCGGAUGGAUGUCCAGGCGCGCCACCAAACACAACCGAAGAACUCGACGUCCACGUCGACAAUGUCAUUCAUACGAUUCGUGAUAUUUUGACUGAAAGGAAGGUGAAACCAGUUCAGUUGAACCCGCCCUCGAGCAUCACCUUAACCAAACCAAGCUCAGAUGAUCAUGGAGUUUCUUCCCCUGGGGUGACUGUUCCGGUGGUAGACAUCCACCCUCUCGAACUCACUGACAAAGCUCCUGACAACAAAUCCUGCGGAACAGAAUGCUCGAAAAGGCUGUUUCAGAGACGGCCUACUGGGACUUUCUUGAUCACUAGCAAAGAUAUCCAAGCCAUUGCUGACCUAGUGGAGGCAGAAAUCAAUAGUCGUGAACCUCCUGGCCCGCUCAUCAAACAUUCCGUCGAGAAAUUAUCACCCUUAAUGUCGACGGUUAGACCCUCGGGUACUACCGUUCAAGCUACCAACUUACGGAAGAAGUGCCUUCGAAAACAUAUGACGGCCGAAGAUUAUUUUGAAGCCGGUGCUAUGAUGAGAAGAAAAAAGAAGCUGUCAGCGCAAUCAGGAGCUAGUGUACACGCUCUCAUUUGGGGAAUGACAGGGUCAGAUCACAGCAAUGGGUCGGGCGAUGAAAUGCCUACUCAUUUCGAUAAUUUCUACCGCGGCUUCUUCGGCAAGAGAUCUGAUACAACGACCACUACAAAACGCAUCAAAGGAGGCCCACGACAAGAAAAACAAGAAAUUAUUUGGAAAUCUGACAAAUCUCCCCUUUCUACACCCACCGCCUGCACCCUUCCAAAAGAUGAUUAUUUUCUUUCUGAACCCAACACCCCUAUACCAGGCAGCCCUGCCGAAUCGAUCAUCCUAAUGCCAAGCGACUUGCUUCAAGUUGACAAAGUAAAAGUUGACAAAGAAACUGCUAAAUCGGCCAUACCAUUCGACUCAAGCCAAUUGAUCACUACUUUCUUCCCCGGCGCACGGGAGUGGGCGUGGGAUCCCCCAAAUACGAAUCCUUCACGGGCCACAAUAUCUACCCAACAGCCUGUUUCUGAUAAUGACACAAGGAAACUCUCAAAAGACAGCCAAUCUCAAUCAGCUUCAGAGAGCUGUAAAUCAACCAAAAGAAAAAAGCAAGUAACGGCUCGUCGUCGACCCGGACUGACCACUACGGCCUCUCAACUCGCGGAUGUUGUUUCUUUCCCUCCUCUCGCUUCGCGAAAAACGACCAAUGACUGGUACUCACCAUUACCAAAUAUAGAGAUCGAACAUACAGGCCGCCAGUGUCAAUCUCUUUAUGAUAUCGGACUCGAUAUGACUUGUGGGCCAUCGGGCUCUAUAACGGUCACAACGAGAAGUCAAUCCCUGGUACGACCCGGAGAAAUCGUCAUUCGACCUCCUAUGAUGAGAUCCGAUGCAUAUUCAGAACCAAGACAAUUCAAGAAACCGCUUACCCUGCCUCAUAUUGUCAAAUCGGAGGGCUCUAUCAAACUCCAACCAAAAGCCGAGCCCAAGACGGGAGUUUCUGAUGAAACUGGUUCACGACUUGAUGUAUCUGUCGCAUCGGAAUCGCGUACGCUUGGUGGUGGAGAAAGUACGGUGAUAAAAAGAGUAAGGACUAUUGAUAGUCCUGACAAAGGGAAGAGAGCGGGAAUGUGGUCGCAGAGACGGCCGCCUUCUGUUUGCCCGCCACCUCGACCGCCUUCACCCACUGAGAUUGAAGCGCUUGCCAUUGAGGAUGCGGAAACUUGUUUGAGGCCGGCGAUUGCUACUAGUUUUGAUGUUGGCAUGAAUCUGAGAGAUAGAGCGCCUACUAUUGAGAGGACUGCGCUUUUGAAGGAGAAGAGUCCACAAGGGCCAGAGGAUGAUUGUGCUGUGAUUUAUAGGACGCUGACUGGGACUCUUGGGAGUGAGAGGGGUGGAAAUGCAAAUGGGGUGGAGGGAGAGUGUAGGGAUGGGGUUCAGGUGAAGAGAGAUUUGGGAAAGGGCUUGGAAGUUGAAGUGGGGCAGGAAGAGAGGAACCCUAGUGUUGAUUGGAUUGCUUGA